CGGCUGCGUGCGCCUGUCCGUGCACAUCCAUGUAUUUAGUUAUUUCUAAGCCGCGUCGCCUCCUGCGCUCUCAAUAGAUGGUGCAAGUCAAAAUGUCCAAAUCGCUCGUGGACCCUCUGUCUGCCGUGGACACGCAGUCUCAGUCCCACUAUUUCCAGCUGCCCAGAAAGUUGCCGAAAAGGAAAAGCCGCUUCAAACGUUCGGAUGGCAGCACGUCCUCAGACACAACAUCCAGCUUCAUCAAACGCCAGGGAUCGGCUGAUUCGUACACCAGUAGACCGUCGGAUUCAGACCUGUCAGCAGAGGAGGACCGCGAGGCGUAUCGGCGUGAAGCCGAGCGCCAGGCACAACUGCAGCUUGACAGGGCAAAGUCCAAAACUGUAGCAUUUGCAGUAAAGACUAAUGUAAGUUACUGUGGAGCUCUGGAUGAGGGCUGUCCUGUCCAAGGAGCUGCAGUCAACUUUGAUGCCAAAGACUUCCUGCACAUUAAAGAAAAGUACAAUAAUGACUGGUGGAUCGGUCGGCUAGUGAAAGAGGGAGCAGACAUCACCUUCAUCCCGAGCCCUCUACGACUCGAGGCCAUGAGACUCAAACAGGAGCAGAAGCAGAGGAAAACAGGGGGGAACUCCUCCAGUCUUGGAGACAUGGUGACUGGGAGCUGGAGGACAACACCCCCAUCUGCAGGUGAAACUAAACUGAAGCAAAAACAGGAACACAUCCCUCCCUACGACGUGGUGCCCUCUAUGAGGCCAGUGGUUCUCGUGGGACCAUCGCUGAAGGGCUACGAGGUGACAGAUAUGAUGCAGAAAGCUCUUUUUGACUUCCUGAAACACAGAUUUGAGGGAAGAAUCUCCAUCACCCGCGUAACUGCCGACCUGUCUCUAGCCAAGAGAUCAGUCCUCAACAAAAGACCCAUAAUGGAGAGGUCCAACACUCGAUCCAGCUUAGCGGAAGUUCAGAGUGAGAUUGAGAGGAUAUUUGAACUUGCCAAAACCCUGCAGCUGGUGGUUCUAGAUGCAGACACUAUCAACCAUCCCGCACAACUAGCCAAAACCUCCCUGGCACCGAUCAUCGUCUAUGUGAAAGUUUCCUCGCCAAAGGUGCUUCAGAGGCUGAUUAAAUCCAGGGGGAAGUCUCAGAGCAAACACCUGAAUGUGCAGAUGAUGGCUGCAGACAAACUGUCUCAGUGCCCCCCCGACAUGUUUGAUGUCAUUUUGGAUGAGAACCAGCUGGAAGAUGCUUGCGAGCAUUUGGCUGAAUAUCUGGAGAUCUACUGGCGUGCCACUCAUCUUCCAGGCACCACCCCUCUUAAUCCCUUACUGGAGCAGAGUCUGAUGACCCCACCCUCUGCCAUUUCGAGCCUACAGAACCAAAACAAGAACCAGCAGCAGCCUCAUGAGGUGGUGGGGUUGGAGGCUGACGAGGAGGAUGAGGCGGGUGAGGAAGCUCACUCUCCCUUGGAGCAGGACAGCCUGAUGCCAUCUGAUGAGGCCAGCGACUCCCUGUCUCGUGGCCAGAGGGGAAGCCCGUGCCCAAGGAGGGGCGGGGAUGAAGAAGAAGAAGAGGAGGAGGAGGAGGAUGAAUAUGCAUCCCCCUGCCAUACCCACACAUACAGGGACAUAUACCCCCCUCACCGAGGGCACACAGGAAGUACCCACAGUGCAAAUGGUCAUGAGUCGCAAGACAGGCUGCUCCAACAUGAAGCUCAGCAAGAUCACAACCAGAGAAACAACCGCCAACGCAGCCGCCCCUGGCCCCGAGACACCUACUGAGGAGAAAGGGCUCCCCCUGGCCUCCAGAUUGGCAACAAGACCACCCCGAAUCCUCUGACUGUAGUGAAAUGCCAACUAUAGUCUUACAUCAAUCAUUGGUGAAACAGAUGCCCGGUUUAUUAAUCUACACAGCUGUAGGCUUUGUUCUUUUCUUAAAUGAUUAGUAUAUACAGUAACACUCUUCCAGAUUCCCCAUUUUACAUUCUCUAAAUCCAAGGGAAUGUAAGUGAAGUGGUCGAGUAUUUCAGAUCAGAUUCAACAGGGCUACUCAACUCUGCAAUGGAAAGGUUUCAGGCUACCAGCUCCACGCAUACUCAAACUUUAGCUGCUUUGGCUAAAGUUUCUCUGUUGUAGGAUGUCUCAUAAACUGGCCUUAAAAUUCCUAAGACUUUUAAUUAUCUUUAUUAUUGCAUGUAUGAAUCUAAUUAUUUUAAGACUAUUUGCACACUGACAUCAGAAGAGGAAGUGAAUGAUCUUUACAGAUAAACCAAUGUAGGAAUGUCGACUGCUGAAUCCAAUUAUGGGAAAUCCUAAUGCGUUUGAAUAUAAUGUGUAUAUAUCAGACGGACACCUAGUUUUGUUUCAAUGCUGUUUUAUUUGUUAGUCGAUUAUGUUAACAUGGAUCGGUUCUUUCUGUCAGAGAAACGCUGGCAUUUGUGUGUUCAAGUCAUGAGAGCUUUUACUCUGAAGACGGCGAAUGGCAUUUGUGGGAGACGCAUAUCUGAGCGAUUGUGUCGAAAAGGUCACUGCGUCCAUAAGCGAUUUGAAGCUGCAGUACAGUCUUGGUGUCAUUGACAUUCUGGGAUCGCUUGUCUUCACUGUUAAACAAUCACUCCUCUUAACACAUCUCAAGAUCUAAAAGGGCACAUAGAAUGUAACCACAGCUAAGAAAGGAACAUUACUGUUGAUGGAGAAAUUAUUUGCCAAACUGCUUGUUUACAUGCAUCUAAAUCAAGCACAGGUCCUUUUCACAUCCAGGCAUCAGAGAAUGUAUGCUUGCAUGCCUUUGCACCUCCAGCACCAUCUGGUGUCUCCAGCCAGACCGAUUGCCCUGUAAUUCGAUUGUAGCACGUUACUGAUUGUAGCACAAGCAUAGUGUCUGACCCACAGCCCACAAACUGUUUUGACUCUUUGCCGAACAAUACGUUAAGUGUUUGUACUGCAGUUCUAUAGUUGAGUAGUCACUGGGUUUUAUCAAGGAUUCUCAGGAGUCCCGGUGAGGGCAAUUCGUACCAGUCGCCCACUCAUCGUGCUCAAUGAGUCGCUCUGUGUAACAAAUGUGUGGUGCGUCACUACCUGUAGCACCUGUGACAUGAUGUUGUUCUGUUCCUGCACCAUUAUUUCAUGAGCCAAUGAUGAGUCGAAAACGAUGCUAACGUGCAGCGGACUGCUUCUAUUCGUACAGGGUAGACAAAAGGUUUUAGGGGUUACUGGUUUACUGCUUCCAUGUCUCUCGCAGGUAUCUAUCUAGUGUUCACUACAGUUUGGAGAUGGAAAAAAAAAGCAUGAUUGAAAAAAGAAUAAAAAAAAAUCUAUGCAAGUGUUGCAUGAAACCUGAUUGUUUCUUUUUACAGUUAAGUAUUUUAGUAAUGCAUUGAUUCUGAUUUCUCGUGGUCUUGUAAUGAUGGUCUUGUCUUUGGGGCUACUCACUCUGCUAAGUACAGCAGUUCACCCCGCCACUAUUAGUGAAAAAUCACAAUGCAUAAAUUUAUCAGUAAUUAUUGGGGACAUUUUUCCAUAUUGGACGGACAGAUAGAUGGACAGAGGUUGAUGCAUUUUUAAAUUUCUAUAAAAACUUGUCUCAAAUCAGGCAUUUUUGUGAGGAAAGAAUAACAUUAUUAAAAAGAAACCCCUGCAUGUCUUAGUUCACCAAUUAGCUAUUUUCACUAUAUUUUGCCAUAUGGAGUAUCUUUGUCAAAGCGGACCAAUUUAGUAAAUUAAAGGAGUUUAGGUUUUUUCAAUUUAUGAAGCACAAUUUUUACUGAUUAUAAUUUAGUUUUUGUCUUAUUCUGUAUGCAAUACGAAGCUGAACAUUGAAAAACUUUAAACGCCUUAGACCAUCUGGACUUCCUCUUUUUUGUGUGAGUAGAAAAGAAAAAUUGCACUACUUUUUUGGGGGGAUGGUUGCUUUGUAAUGCAAUAACUGCACUAAAUAUAUCCAUAUAAUCAUCGGACUACCACAGCGUGCUAGCGUGACCCAACACGCCUCUUCCCUCCGUUUAUCAAAAGAGACAACAAAUGUGUAAAAAGUGAGACAUUUCCUGCCUGAUGCUGUAAAGAAUGCUUUCUAUUUGAAACAGAUUUACAAUGCUAACUUAAAUAAAAAUAAACAUAAAGUUUUAUGUA